AUGAUAAACAAUAAAGAUAAUGCUUCUAUAUUACAAACUUUUUGCGAUCUAAGUGCUACAAAAAAGGUAGAAGAUUUUUAUAAUCAUACAGAUGGACCACGUUUCAAUACUGUGGAGAAAUUUUAUUACAAUCAGCAUACACAACAGACAUAUGAUUUUGCAAUGUCGAAAAUGAAGAACUAUGAAAAUAUGAAUAAAUUAGUAUUAGAUCCAUGGGAUGCAUUAGAAUUAGGUGGCUCAUUUGUUGACGAUUCAGAUCCCGAUACAGAAUUAGAUCAGAUUUU